AUGACUAGAUGUAAACCCAUUAAUACUCCUAUUGAAGUCCAUACCAACCUAGGAGAUUCUGUUGAAGGAGUUCCAAUUAAUAAAGAAAGGUAUCAGUGUCUCUUAGGGAAAUUGAUUUACUUGUCUCAUACCAGAUUAGAUAGAUCUUAUGCUGUCAGUAUGGUCAGUCAGUUUAUGCAAGCUCCCUACGAGAAGCAUAUAGAGGUUGGUACUCGAAUUCUGAGGUAUCUGAAAUCUGCUCCGGGGAAAGGCUCAAUGUUCAAAAAACAUGACAAAAGAACCAUCGAGGCUUAUAUUGACUCAGAUUGGGCAGGAUCUGUUACAGAUCGAAAGUUAACCUCUGGAUAA